CCAUUCGUUGCGUGUGUGUGUGAAUGGGUCCAACAAAGAUCCCGAUCCUUUCCCCACCCACCCACAGUAACUCACAGUCAGUGGUUGUCCGGUGGUGGUUUGGUGCAAUUCCCAAGGUCGUUCAACGGUAUAUUUGACGUUUCACGGACCCCAAAAAGUACAAUCUGCCUGGUGGAGAGCUCGUCGGUCGAACUGGCGAUCCCCAACAAACUUGAACCCAGCAUGAAUCUACGGUGAAUUCUCGUUUGUUAUUGUUGUUGUUGUCGUCUACAUCGACGUCGUCGGAACAGCCCCAUUUGUUUAUCUACCGUACUACCUUUUGUCUGUAGAGUGAACGUUGGUUACGGUCGACUCGUCCUGCAGUUCUUCCAAUCGCCACAACACUACCACAAUAACAACAACAACAUGAACGGGUCGUCGUCACGGGAAGUCCUGCACGUCAGCAUUGGUCCCGAAGCCAAUCACGUCACGGCACACUUGCUCAACCUCUACGGAUUGUCCGUCACACCCUCCUUCGACAACGUCCACGGCGCCUUGUGCGAUCCGCGGAUCACUCACGACGUUUGGGACCGUCUCUACGUCCCACGAGUCGUCUUGGUGGACACUCCCGACUCUCGACUUUCACGACGCAACCCUACUUCUGCCACACCGUUACCUCACGUUCCCGUCGGAUCCCACGACACGGUCGCACCGUUCGUACAGCCCACGUCGGUACCAAUCCCCAUCCCCGACCCUGCCUGGACAGCCUUGCACGACACGGCGCAAUUCUUGGUGCAGAGUCCCUAUUCGCGCUACCGAGUCCGACCCGUGCCACACUCCGGUGCGUCCCACCAUCGUUCGGACCACCGUCGUGACAACCGCAGUGGAGGUGACCGUGUCCGCCACUACGCCAACGCACGACACGUCGACUGGGAUGAUUGGCACGACGACGAAGCCGACGAAGAACUAGACGAGGAACAACGUGCCAAUGAACGUACCCGACAACAAGCGUGUGAACAACGGGAACGGCAAAGUUGGCAACAGCAGACGCUAGCGCCGGCCCAAGAACAAUUGGAAUCGUUUUGGAAGUCCGUACCGGCCGACAAGGCGGCCUUGAUUUCCACGUUACCGCAACACCAAACUGCCGACGCCAGAAUACCCACCAAAACCACCGCCACGCAGGCCGAUGCUCUGCCAGUGUCGCCUAUAUGCCCCGACGCCGUUGCCAACUCUCGUGACGAGACUACCAACGCUACUAUGAUGCCUACGCCGACUCUUUCUUGGAGGGAUUACUGGAUGCCACCCUACCACCCCCAAUCGUGUCUCGCCCUCCCCGUCUCGCACCAGUCCAACAUUGUCAGCGACUGGGAUUCCUACAUUGCCGGAAGCAGCCAGUCCAACGCUUCCCCGUUGCAAAGCUGGAAAGACGACGUCUUGUGGGAACGCAUUCGUCGGCAACUGGAAGCGUGUGAAAGCGUUCAGGGGGUUGUACUCGCGACCACCGAUCGAGGUCUUUAUGCAGGGUUGAGUUCGGGCCUGCUCGAAACCUUUCAAGAAGAAUGCGCCACGGCGAGACGACUCGUACUCGCUUUGGAACACGAGCCCUCCUUGCAUCAUUCCUACUCGGACGAGGAUCACCAAUCCACCAAGUCCUCGUGGCAAGUCCAACAGGUGGAACGACUACGGUCACGAGUCGAAAAGGGACUCUUUUAUCACGAUAUGGGUCAAAAUGCCGAUGUCGUGUUGCCGUUGCGAAUCCCCACUACCGACGAGACCUGUUUCGCCAAUUCUAACGGAACAAAUUCCAGCGACGGCGUAUUUGCUGGCGCGGCGCGGAUGGCGGCCGCCUUGGAAACAGCCCUGCUGGGCUUUCGCGUAGCCAAGUCCACGACACCAUCGCGUUCGCGUAUUGGCUUGAAUUCAUCCUAUUACUACGGCGCUCUCGCGUCGGAUUCACCAUUUGGUACCACACCCCAAUUAUCCAUGUCCGAAUUUCUGUCCACUUUACGGCCCAGCAGUCGACACUCUGUUCUGGAACUGGAUACGGUUCUGCCCAACACCAACGUUACUCACGAAUUCUUGUGGCAGUCGUUGCUGGAAGGAACCACCGUCGAACGAGAUCACCGCAUGCGCCAACGGGGUAUCACCAGUUUGAGUGGUGUACGACGACCGCGCGAUGUCGAUCCCGGGGCCUGGAUGUUGGACGCCGCUCCCGACAUGGGCAAAGAUGGCUUGUUGUCCUCUUUGUCACUCGCUGCGACCACGCCGAACAUUACGGAUCGAUCCCUGCACCACCAUUUCUCGCUUUCGACGUCGAUGCGGACGCACCCACCCACUUCGGCAUCGCAAGCUGACUACAUUAACUGCACAAUGCAAGGCAUGGGCAUCCGGUUCCGCCCGGAGCAGUCAACGGCAAUGAUCGUGACCCAAACUUUGGGGACUUUGACGGCUGACGGCUACGGUGCCGGAUCGUACUGGCCGGCGGUUUGGGGAUCGCCGAGUUGUCCGGUGUUAUCGGUGGUCGGUAACACGAGUCGUUCCUUCGCCACCUUACAAGAUACGGCGCAGUCCUUUCAACAGGCACUGGCACCGCGAUCCAGAGGGUACUACAAUCGUGACGUAACCAACGGUGUCUUGCCCGAGCCCGAAGAUUGCGAAGACGCGUUGGCGUCUUGCCUUGAUCUAGCCGACGUAUACCGCCCGCCGGAAGGGAGUGGUUUGGUUCCGGACGAAGAUUUGGAUUCCGGCAUGUCGUAG